AUGGCUAAUAGCUUGCCGGAGAUUGAGAGCGGAUUCCCAACGACGCCGUCCUUAGCCACUGAUCCUCCUCCUACUUCACGGCGGAGGACUCAACUACAAUCAUUAUUCGAUCGUCGUAAGGAACUCACUAAAGAAGAAAAAGAUGCCAUUUUAAAAACCAUUAGCCUCAGCUAUUUCACCACGGUCGUUAUCACGGCCAUCUUCAGCUUCAUCAUCUUGUUCGGCGACAGACUGCUUCACUGCCACGUCAGAUUCUCCGUGGAAUCUAUCUCCGUUUCUCCCUCUUCCACCACGUGGCACGUCGAUUUCCUCGUGAACAACCCGUCCUCGAGGUGUCCUAUCUACUACGACGGCGAUGGCGUGUAUGCGAAGCUAGGUUCUUUAUACGCCGCCGUAUUGAAGACAUCUCACAAGCGUCGUUCACAUGGCCGCACGAGUUUCUCCGUGGAUUUAGCUACGGAGGGUAAUCAAAGCGACGUCGUUGCAGCUUUUCCUAGUGUUUUCGAAUUGGGCAUGAAACUUAGUGCGAAGAAGAAGAAGCUUUUUGUGGAAGGAUAUUAUUAUGGAUAUUUCGAUAUUAGGUGCCAGAAUCUGACUCCCGGUUAUGAGAAGAUUAAAUGCCACUCGUCUUUCAAAAAGUUGAAGGAUUGUUGCGAGAUUUAUUGA